UCAGACAGGAACAUAAACCUAAACCCUGCAAAGUGUAACAUAGGAAGAUUGUAGUGCGUAAAGAGAGAGAGUUUGAAGUUGAAAGGAUAAUAGUAGCAGCACCAAAUCAUCAUUUAUCACUAAUCAGAAAUGGCUGCCAAUGAUAGCAGAAAGAAAUUGGUGGUUUUGGCUCUCUGCAAGCACCUUUCUUUGGAUCCUAGUGUUAUUCCUGCUGAUAGUUUAGAGAGCGAUGUUAAGAGUCUUUACUUAAACAUCACAGCGGCAUCUGGACAUGAGGUUAAUCACUGUGAUGAGGUGUUGAAGUGGGUAGCAUUUGCAGAAGCUUUCCCUGUAGCGGCCCUUGAAGCAUGCUUUGAGGAUCUCAAGAAAUUAAAUGAUGAACUGUCUGGAAAGUCUGUGCUCCUGGGCAAUGGAUUGAAACCCUCUGAAGCUGAUGUUAUAGUGUUUUCAGUGACUCAUUCUUCCCUGAUCAACCUUUCAGAUACAGACAAGGAAAAACUGCCACAUGUAUUGAGAUGGAUCGAUUACAUCCAGCACAAGCAUGAAUUUGAAGGUUUAUUUGAGAAAAUAUUGUUGGAGAAGUCUGAAUUUGAUCCUCCGGUAACAAAACCUAUUGGAGUUGUGGAAGCUGAUUCAAAAUCAAACAAGACUGAGCAAAGCAUAAAGAAUGUAAACAAGUCAGAAGCGGACAUAAGCAAGGAUAAAAACAAAACUGAGGGAAAGUCAGCAGUAGACAAAGAACCUACUAAAGCCAAGACACCUGCUAACAAAGAAGUGGCUGGGCAAGACAAUGAAGUUAGUGUCAGUUUGCUUAAUAUUCAAGUUGGAGUAAUUCGCAAAGCAUGGAAGCAUCCAUCUGCAGAUAGUUUGCUAGUUGAGGAGAUAGAUAUUGGGGAGGCCAAAUUGAGGCAGGUUGUCAGUGGUUUGGCAAAGUACUGCAGUCCUGAUGAGUUGACGAACCGUCGUGUGGUACUUAUAACAAAUGUCAAACCUGGAAAACUACGAGAUGUGAUGUCUGAAGGACUGGUCUUAUGUGCUUCAAAUGAAGGUCCUACCAUUGUGGAGCCCUUGCUCCCUCCGGAAGGUGCUAAAAUUGGGGAACGUGUUUCUUUUUCCGGGAUUGAUGGAAAGCCAGAAGAUGUACUUAACCCAAAAAAGAAGCAGCUGGAGAAGAUUACACCGAAUCUUUUCACUGAUGACAAGGGUGUGGCCACAUUCAAGGGAAUACCAUUUAUGACGUCUGGUGGACCAUGUACAUCAUCCAUUCCCAGAGCAACUAUUAAAUAAUGAAGAUACGGCCCAUUUCUUUGUUGUUGACCCACUCACAUAUUGUUGGUACCCCACAAUUUUUGAAGUUUUGAACUGCGUGGAUGAGACGUAAACUAUGGUUUGCAAGUUUAUGUUGCAGUUACGGUUACAUGGUCUUAAAUGCUACAAAUAUAAUCUUGAAUCCAAUGACUCUUGAGGAGUUAAUGCUGUAAUAACUUCGUACGUUGUAAAAAGAAUGAAAGACUGUUUAAAAUUACACAACCAAUCAA